AUGAGCGACGACGAUUCUAGUGACCUCUCGUCCCUCUCGUCCCUCUCGCCUGCCCCGCCUGACGAAGAGAGCGAUGUUGAACUCAAGCGCGAGCAGGGGAUCUUGAAAUUCUUCCAUAAGGUGCCCAAGGAUGCGAAGCCAAAGAAGACCUUCAAAGCAGUGACUAAACAGAGGACACCAUCGCCACCGCCGCCGCGAAGAUCACCUUCGCCCCCUCAUGACUAUGUUCUGGCAGACAAUCCGGACAUCGCGUUUCUCGUCAUGUUCCGAAGCCGCUUCAACGAGGCACUUCCCAAGUCAUUAGCCAAUUUCGGACCCCAAGAGCUCGAACGCGACAUCACGGAGACGAUACCGGGCGAACGCGUCGAACACUUCCUCUGCUCGAUUUUGGGUCUGCUUCUCAAUCGCAAACAGGAUGUCAAGCCUGGUCAUUAUAACCGAGCCCUAGAAGAUGCUAUUUCCACGCACAAAAGUCAAUGGGCCAAAGACUGGGAGGAGAAGAACCCACUAGCCGGUGGCCAGAGUUUUGCCUCUAUGACCCCUACUGAACGACUCACGCUGCUUCGAACUCUUGUCGUCUGGACCCUUGCGUCCUCGGACGUGGUCAAAGGAAUAAUCAACCAGUCCUACAAGCAGAACCGACACGAAGACGACCUCAACCAGCCGCUCUCUGUCCAGCCAUGGGGUUCUGACAGCGACCGACGACGAUACUUCCUCAUUGAGGGGUUGGACGACACUGCCUUCCGGGUCUACCGCGAGAGCAACCCUGCCGGCUUCAACCGGACCUGGUGGAGUGUUGCAGGCACUAUAGAUGAGCUCAGUGCGCUGGCCGAGAAGCUUGAGACCAAGGAUGGCGGACCAAGGGCAAAGAAGCUCGCGCAGCGAAUGCUUGCGGCUGUGCCCCGGUUCGAGGCGACAGAGGAGAAGAGAAAGAGACGCGAAUAUCGAUUAAUGCGGAAGGAGCAGUUCAAGCGGCCAGAGCCCGGCUUUUCGAUGUACGAAGGCCGGACGAGGGGCAAGCGGAUGAAGUAUACCUACUCUGACGACGAGGAUUUCAUGUCUGAUUCGACCAACCGGCGGUCUACGCGGCAUACAGGCACACAUACGCCUGCAGAGCCUGCCGGUCCAGUGACCACCGCCAGUGGUCGCCAGGUCAAGGCCCCCUCGCGCAUGACGGUCGACGCAUCCAACAACAUUGUCACAACUGGGGACGACGACUCGUUCAUGGGCAUGGCUGAAGGCACAGGAGCUCCGAAUGGCCGCCCAAGAAGGUCCACUACGAAUCGUCAAUCAUCAGCCAAUGGCUGGGAUGACGAGGAUGAAGAUCCUAGCGAGCCAGAUCUGGGGGAUGACGAAGGAGACGAUCACGUUCCAGACGAGUCAGAAGACGACGAAGAUGAAGAGGAUUUUGACGGGGAUGAGGAGAUGGCUGAUGAUGAUCUUGAGGAUAGCCCAAAGAGCCUUGUCGUGAAGCUCAAAGUGCCUGACAAAAACGGAAAAGAGGCUGCUGCCGAGGCGCCUCACUCUGAUGGCGUCCAGAAGACACCGGACAACAAUGGGCAGAGAAGAGCGGAGGCUGAUGCGACAAGGAUGGAUCAAGGCCACCGUGGUAGCCGAGCGACUCCGGAUCCAUCUGAUGAUGUCGAGGCGAAGAAGCAGCUCGAUGGGGAAGGGCAGCAACCGCCUCUCACGCCCGCUUCGAACUCGACUUUGCCUACGUCGCUAGCUUUCCGGGGCAGCCCGGAGAAGACGCAUUAA